AUGCCCCUUUCGAGAAGCCCUUCACCUGUCCCUGGCAGCGGCGGCGGCGGCUGGUCUAGCCCAGGCUUGGGCCUUGACAGCGGAAAAUCGACUCCUAUAAACGUGAGCAGUGGACCAGUUGCAUGGGAAUCGGCUAAGAUGCGACCUCACAACCCCAACACAUUCUCUUCGUUUUCGAGCGAGAACAAAGGCUUCUUCAGCAGGCAUAUGCGACGACUAUCGAGCAGCCUUCCUCAGUUCAACGGGCAGCGCGAUACUUGGAAGGAGAAGAAUGGACGAGGGCCGCGAUGGAUUCGAAAAGUGCCGCUCGCCGGUAGAAUAAGAUCGAUCUAUGGACGAAUGGGCAGAAGGCUCAAGAUGAUUUUACUCCUCAUGCUAGUAGCGGCCAUCUGCUACACCAUCUUUUACACAACUCCCCUUGUGUACUACUGGCGAAGAUCGUUUGGCGGCGGUAACAAGUUCGUGAUUAUUCUGGGCGCAAAUGUUGGAGGAGGCGUUAUGGAGUGGAAGGGUGCCAGAGAAUGGGCUGUCGAGCGAGACAGCGUGCGGAAUAAGCGAAAAUACGCCAACCGAUGGGGCUACGACUUGGAAAUCGUCGACAUGAGUACCAAGAAGAAGUAUGCGCACGAAUGGCGAGAGAGUUGGGAAAAGGUUGACUUCGUUCGUUCAACCCUGAGGAAGUACCCAAAAGCUGAAUGGGUUUGGUGGCUGGACCUGAACACUUUUGUCAUGGAACCCUCUGUGUCGCUUCAAGACCACAUUUUCAAUAAUCUGGAGCAAGAAGUUGAGCGCGACAUCAACUACUUCAACCCCCGAAACAUCUCGCACCCUUUCACCGAAAACUACCUGGACGAUGUCUCGCGAAGCCCUGUAGGAGAUGGUAAGGCCAACUCGAUCAACAUGCUCAUGACACAAGACUGCGCCGGCUUCAACCUGGGAUCAUUCUUCAUGCGACGUAGCGACUGGACCGACCGACUCCUCGACGUGUGGUGGGACCCGGUCACGUACGAGCAGAAGCAUAUGCAGUGGGAGCACAAGGAGCAAGAUGCGCUGGAUCAGCUUUACCAGACGCAGCCGUGGAUUCGCAAGCACAUGGGCUUCCUGCAUCAGCGGAAGAUUAACAGUUUCCCACCUGGAGCUUGCAACCCUGACGGCGGUCCCAAGGACAAGCACAUCCACUAUGAGGAGAGCCAGCGUGAUUUCAUGGUCAGCCUGGCAGGCUGCGAAUGGGGUCGCGACUGUUGGGGUGAGAUGUACUACUACCGCGAGUUCAGUUACUGGCUCAACCGAAACCCUUGGGAGCGGUUCAAGGAGGAUCUCAUUGCGGUCAUCUGGUUCAAGCUCACCGGCAAGAAGGUCAAGUUGUGA